AUUAUCAAUUUAUCGAUCGAUAAAUUUCAUUGUUCGAAGUAGUCUACUUGUAUUUUGCCGAUCAUUAUGACUGUUCAUAAAAAAACUGAAAAAAAGACGAAGACGGAAUCGCCGGUCAAGCCGAAAAAAGUUGCCUCAAAGCACGUGAAGAAUAAGAAGGAUAAGAAAGAUAAAAAGGACCGAAAGGUAAAGAAGGUAGAGCAAAAGGAUAAAAAGGAUAAGAAAGAGAAGAAUGUGAAGAAGGGAUCUAAAAGUGAUCCAAAUGCAGUGGCGAAGAUCAAGAAGAAUAAAAAGGACAAAAAGUCCAAGGAUAAGAAGCCGAAGGAUAAAAAGUCAAAAGAAAAGAAACCGAAAGCUGCUAAAUCAAAGGAGGUCAAGUCGAAGGAUGUUAAACCGAAGGAUGUCAAAUCAAAGGAUGAAAAGAAAAAGAAGAAGAACAGCAAGGGCAAGAAACCAUCGACAGAUCCACUUUUUUCCGGACCCUUAACACAAGCUCCAAAGAGAUCAAAGGGAGAAACGCAGGAACUCAAUCAAUUGCUCGAAAAUAACGCUCAAAAUAAGCCGAAGAAAGUGAAGGAACCAUCUGGAAUCGAUGCAAUUGAUUUGAAAUCUGAUAGUCUAGUUGUUGAGAAGACUCAAUUGUCUGGUGAUAGUGCACUUCGAGUGACUGCAAAGGAAAAGAAGAAGACCAAGAAGACUGAGAUUGUAGUGAAAGAAGUUAAAGAGGAGAAAAAGAAGGACACUGGUUCGGUAUCUGAAGAUGAAAAUGAUAUAAAGGCAUUUCAAGCGGAGAAAUCGAAAGAAAUCGAAACGAAGAAAAAUGAAGAAAUGGAGAAGAAACAGGAGGAGCCCAAAGUCAAACCAGUUCCCCCUGGCACAACACCUGACACCACAACAACAACUCCAGAGAAGAAAUCAAAGAGCAUCACAGACUCGAACAUCAAACCAGAGUUGGAUGAAAUUCCUGAAGCAAGAACUCCCGAAGCAGAAGGUCCUCCGAUGAUGGUGAAGGAAAGAUCUGAGAAGCGUUUGAAAAUAGAAUCAACACAAGACACUGAUGAUUCCGAUCCAAAGAAGGUGAAGUCGGGUCCGAAGAAGAUCAGACCAGAGAGUUUCAAAUUGAAAAAGACGCAGUCGUUCUCACCGGUUAACAUAGUCUCUACAGUUCCUGAUCAAGUCAAGAAGCCAGGCAAAAAUUCUCCGAAGGAUGAACAUGUUAUGAAAACUCCACCAAUUGAGAACCCAGUUGCCGCCAAGAAGAACCCAUUUGAUCCACUACGUUCAGAACUGGAGACCCCGAUUCAAGAACCUGCAUUUGUAGUCAAUCGUGGUGAUACAAAGAUCAAGAAUAUGGAGAUCAAGUUGGUCAACUUGGAUUUGGUUGGCAGAACCGGGAUGUACAUGGAAAGAUGUGGAAUGAAUGCUGAGAGAAAGGAGGCAUUUGACUGGCUUGCUUACAAUCGUCACGACUUGAACAAUAAACAGAAAGAGUUUUCACAGAACUUGUCCGUGGCUCUAAGUGAUAUUGGAAUUACCAAAGAACUCCUCAUGCGCACAAUAAUCUACCUCAAAUCGCAUAAUCAAAUCACGCCAUCUGAAAUGGAUAUGGUUUUGAAGGACGUGAAAGGAUGUAAAGGAGAUACUGUCAGUUUCUCGCAACUUUCCGUCUUCCUUCAGUCACAUUGUGCAGUUUAUAAGAAGCAUACGAAUAGCAAGGAUCAUUGAUUAACUUGUCCGGUGAAUGAAAUAUAGGAAUGAGAAUAAAGUCUGAUUAUUGGAU